AUGGCUGACUAUGCGAAUAUUCGACAAGAAAUUCUUAACAAGACUCUGCAAGAGGUAGCGCUUGAAGAUGAGGAUGGCUCGACGAGUCCUUGCGUCAUAUGCUUAGAUGCCGUCAGCGAGGCGGCCACCGCUAUACCCUGCAAACAUGAUAAUUUUGAUUUCUUAUGUCUUGCGAGCUGGCUGCAACAGCGGCGCGUAUGCCCUCUGUGCAAAACAGACUUGACCGCGAUCAAGUACGAUCUUCAAUCGCCCGAGGGCCCGAAGCUUUAUGUCCUUCCUCCACCUCAAGAACGCGCUGCAGUCACAGAUACCCAUGUCCCUCGAGGCGCCCACCUGAACAGACCACGUCCUCGACGUAGGCCAAUCCAACACCGAACUCCUUACACCCCGGAUACCGAGGACGCAUUGGCGCGGCGUCGCCACAUCUACCGCAACCAACUCUUUUCACUCCGCGUCGGCUCCAAUCGCCUUUCACAAUACCGCGAACUAACACCCCAACUAUUCAACCGCGACGAGAACCUCGUCUCUCGAGCCCGCAAAUGGAUUAGGCGAGAACUUCAAGUCUUUGAAUUCCUGAACCCCGACGGGACCGAAGCGCACAGUGAGGAAGAGCAGCCGCAUGGUAGACCAAGACCAGGCGAACAAAGACUCCAGAACCGACGAGCCAACAAUGCAGAAUUUUUGUUGGAAUAUGUCAUCGCCAUCCUGCGUACCGUGGACAUCAAAGGAAGCGCAGGACAGGCAGAGGAGCUUUUACAGGAGUUUAUCGGAAGGGCAAAUGCGCGGUUGUUUUUGCACGAGUUGAAUUCGUGGUUGAGGAGUCCAUAUAAUUCGCUUCAGGAUUGGGAUCGGCAUGUGCAGUAUCAUGAUACUACUAGCGCGAGCACAAGUAGAUCGGUAUCUGUGUCAGGUGAUGGAGUGAGAUCGGCUUCUGAUGGUCGAUCUGUAUCUAGCUCGCCGCGAGUUGAGAUGGGUAGGGUGGUUAAACACCGUGGGCAAACUGAGAGGGAGCGAGAUCGGCGUGAUGCUUCUGCGGCAAGGACAAGACGCUUGCAGCAUGCCCGGCAGAGGUAUCAACCUGACUAG